CAAGGUUAUACGUAACGAGGGAAGACGACUUUUCUCGAUUUAUGGCGAGACCACGUGUGAAAUAAUAUUAACAGCUAGAUAAACCAGAGAAGAAUGGAUUAGUUUUAUUUUGAAUUUCUGGUGCGUGGAAGGGGACGUGUGAAAUUUUAUAUUUAUGUUUAUAUACAUAAUGUUCUGUGAUAAAGUCGAAACAUAACCUCAAUAUUUAUAUAUUAGAGCGUGAAUGUUUAUAUACUUACGAGAUAUUCAAAGUGUUCGUCGAAAAUUUUAUUUCACGAAGGACAGUAUCUUAUGGGGACGUAUCGUCGAGGAAGCAAUCGAUCGAGGGUGUUGCUGGUUCCGGAGGCGGUUGACCGUAGUUUCCGGUCGGCGACGCUCGAUCCAACGUAGGGCACGAAGGUGGACGAUAACGAUGGAUGGAAUUCGCAGGCCUUGGAUGAAUCUGAGACUGUUCGUGUGGACGUCGGUAGGGUUGCUCGUGGUCCUCGUGGGAUGCUUCAUGGCCAGCAAGUCAUUCUCCACCGCUGAUUAUUUGACGGUACAGCUGCGGGCCACUCUUCUCGAGGGUAUGAAAAAGUACUUCACGGACAUCUCGUGGAAGCGCAGGAUAGACAGAAUUCAGGUGAACAUGCAGUGCUGCGGGAUAGAUUCCUCCGACGAUUGGCACAAGACGUAUUGGCUUCAACGAGAAUUUCUUGUAGUCGACUCGCCGGAUAUCUUGAGGUACGCCAAGUUGGACGGUAGCGUGACGCCGCCUGUGGUGCCCUGGAGUUGCUGUCGAAUCGACGUGAAGGGCCCCUGCUUUCACGAUCCCCUUCAACUCCCGAAUCCAGAGCAGAAUUCCUCUUACGAGAGCCUCAACCCUCGGGGCUGUCUCGCCCCUAUGAAGAUUAUGCUAAACGGGACCCUCCACUCCGCCGCCGUGAUGAUCGCGUUUCUGUUCGUGUUGCAGGUGACGGUGGGCGUGUUGUCGAGGUUCGACUUCACAGCGGCGAGGAACGCCGUGGCGCUGGGCGAUCGGUGGUCAGGCUCGCCCGGUUGGCUCUUCGGCCGACUGGAUUUCGGCUUAGCCCGUGGACCUAAUCUCUGCCAGAUCGAUCGGAAAUACAGUGGACAAGGGGACUCGAUGAUCGAUCUUCGCCCGCUCGUGUAUUCCAGCGACUCGAACUGAAAUGACGCUCGAAAUCCGGGAAGAGGAUCGAUGAGGACGCGUAAUAUUUCCACGCAGGAGAAAAAAAUUCGCUCCUUCGAUCCACGUAAGAAUCGUCACGAAACGAAUCCUUCCCUUUUCCAAGCUUUUAUCGAAAUGAAAAACACCGUCCGAGAAGAAAGGAAGGAAGGGGGACGUUGGAUUUAACGAACGCUCGAUUAAUCGAUCAUCGAUUACGAUACGUCGUCCCCUGCAGGACAAACAAGCCGUCCUCCUCCGGAAAAGGGGGUGGAUGAGAUAAGAGGCCUCGUUCGUCUAGGCGGAGACGUCUGUCGCGCCUAAGAUCGGACGAUAGCUUUCACCGUGAUUAUCCGAGGAAUCGGUUAAUCGCGUCGCGCCGCUAAAUCGCCCGUUUCCUCGCUUGUUGUUGAAGAAGAGGAGGGAUCCGGACAAAAGGAGGAGGAGAAGGAAGAAGGAUCGUGUUCUUGGAGGGGAGAAAGGAAAGAGGAACUGGACGAUGAUAAGGGAAAAAACGAGGAGGAUCCGAGGGUGCAGUAUCGGAUGCAGCUGGGGAACAGGUGUAAUUACGAUCGGAGCAGAGUGGAUGAAGAUGGUGGAUUUUUUUUUGAAGAAAUGUAAAUGUUCUUUCGAUGGGAGAGGAUGGUUGCAAAGAUUGCCUCCCCCUCUCCCUCUCCUCUCCCUGUUUGUGAAUUCAUUUCUGUCGUAACGAAAAUAGGGAAAUGUAAAGUUCAGUUCCAAUGUUUCUAAAGGAUGAUUGCAUGAAAGUUUGUGGAAAUUCGUACUUGUUGAUUAUUUCUAACUUAAGGUUUAAUUGCCCAAUUCGAUUCUUAAUUUUGUUGUUUGUAAAAGUAUUCAAAAGCAGUUUCGAAAGGAAACUUCAUAAGAGAAAAAGCGUAAAAUUCCUCCCCUGUGAAUUCCAGCCUUUUACAAUAUAUAGAGGAGAGGAAAUAUAAAGUUUCUAAACGAUGAUUGCACGAGAAUUUGUAUUUGUUAUUCACAGUUUUGAAAAAGGAAAUUAAUUAAUCAUACAAAAAAUAUGAAAAUUUCUUAGAAAUUAUUUAUUUGUUAAUAACUCGAGAUCGCUAUUCGAUUCGAUCUUAAUUUUAUCGUUCAUAAAUAUACGUGAAAUUCUCUCCAAGCCAAACAAUCUAAUUUCCAAUUCUUUCGGAGUGACGAGAUUUAUUAAAACUAACUUCGAUCCCUCGUUCGAAGAUCCCAGGGCGGAAGGAGCGACUUGCAGGGGGAAGAAAAGCAUAAUUGCGCGCUGGUUCGCGCGAUGACUCGAUUCCAAGCCGCCUGGUUUGAUCGCAAGAAGGGAGGAAGGCAUCGGCGGAGAAUUCUCGGACACGCCUGACGAGGGUGCGGUUCUUUCGAGACCCCGUGUCACGCGAAUAAAAGCGUUUCUUGCGGUCUUAAAAGCGAGCAGAAUACUGCGAAGAAGGGGGAGAACGAAACGUUUGAGAAGAAAUAUUCUUCUCCGUGGGAUGAAAGACAAAUAUAUAUAUAUAUAUAAAUUAUAGACGAGAAAAUAGCAAAAAUAUUUCGAAUCUUGUGUUCGCGUAUAAUUUCUCUUCUCUCUUUGAACGAAACGUAGGAAAAUAAGAAAUGUUGCGAAUUUUCAAGGAUCAAGAAAGAAA